AUGAGGGAGAUUGUUCAUAUCCAGGCCGGCCAGUGCGGUAACCAGAUUGGUGCCAAGUUCUGGGAGGUGAUUAGUGAUGAACAUGGCAUUGACCCGACAGGCUCCUACCACGGAGAUAGUGACCUGCAGCUGGAAAGAAUCAGUGUCUACUAUAAUGAGGCUACAGGUACAACUGUAAAACACACACACACACACACACACAGUAAUGUAGGAGCUAAAUAUGUACCCCGAGCUAUUCUAGUUGACCUGGAGCCUGGCACCAUGGACUCAGUCCGCUCUGGACCCUUCGGCCAAAUCUUCAGGCCCGACAACUUUGUGUUUGGUCGGAGUGGUGCUGGUAAUAACUGGGCUAAAGGCCACUACACAGAGGGAGCAGAGCUGGUGGAUUCUGUCCUGGACGUUGUGAGAAAGGAGUCUGAGAGCUGCGAUUGCCUCCAGGGCUUCCAGCUCACCCACUCGCUGGGUGGUGGCACCGGAUCCGGUAUGGGCACACUGCUCAUCAGCAAGAUUCGUGAGGAGUAUCCUGACCGUAUCAUGAACACCUUCAGCGUGGUGCCUUCUCCUAAAGUGUCUGACACAGUGGUGGAGCCCUACAAUGCCACACUGUCUGUUCAUCAGCUGGUGGAGAACACAGACGAAACAUUCUGCAUCGACAAUGAAGCUCUGUACGACAUCUGCAUCCGCACACUGAAACUCACCACUCCCACUUAUGGCGACCUGAACCACCUCGUCUCUUCUACCAUGAGUGGUGUCACAACAUGCCUCCGCUUCCCUGGUCAGCUCAAUGCUGACCUUCGCAAGCUGGCUGUCAACAUGGUGCCCUUCCCACGUCUGCACUUCUUCAUUACUGGUUUUGCACCUCUUACCAGCAGGGGAAGCCAGCAGUAUCGUGCUCUCACCGUGCCCGAGCUCACACAGCAGGUCUUUGAUGCCAAAAACAUGAUGGCUGCCUGUGAUCCACGCCACGGUCGUUACCUGACUGCAGCCACUGUCUUCCGUGGCCGCAUGUCCAUGAAGGAGGUGGAUGAACAGAUCCUCAAUGUUCAGAACAAGAACAGCAGCUACUUUGUGGAAUGGAUCCCCAACAAUGUCAAGACAGCUGUGUGUGACAUCCCACCACGUGGUCUCAAGAUGUCUGUCACCUUCAUCGGUAACAGCACAGCCAUCCAGGAGCUGUUCAAGCGCAUCUCUGAGCAAUUCACUGCCAUGUUCCGACGCAAGGCCUUCUUGCACUGGUACACUGGAGAGGGCAUGGACGAGAUGGAGUUCACCGAGGCUGAGAGCAAUAUGAAUGACCUGGUGUCCGAGUACCAGCAGUACCAGGAUGCUACUGCUGAGGAAGAGGGCGAGAUUGAAGAGGAGGCAGAAGAGGUCGCCUAA